CGGCCGGCCCCACCUCUGCCGGCCCGCCCUCGACUCCCCGCCGUGCGGAGCCGCAGCCCGGGAACCCGGAGUGGCGGAGCCCCCGCCCGCAGCGGCCGCCGCCUGGACGCCGGGGAGCCGCAGGGUCCCACAUCUAAAGAAGACGGGACCUUGUGCCUGCCUGCCCAAGCCUUUUGGUGAUGCUUUUCGUGGCUUCCGGUCUGAGACUCCACCUUCACUGCACGGCUAAGGGUCUCUAGGAUUUCUAGAGCCAUCCAGCUGUGUGAACCCAAGGCAUUAUUACACCUGAGAGUGAAGACUGGGUGAUUAGUGACAAAUCAAGAGCCCCCUGGGGCCUCUGGCAGAGGCCUGAAGCUGGAACCAUCAGGGAAUAUGAGUGAAUUUUGGCACAAACUGGGCUGCUGCGUGGUAGAGAAACCUCAGCCGAAGAGGAGGAGAAGACGGAUUGACCGCACCAUGAUCGGGGAACCAAUGAAUUUUGUUCACUUGACUCACAUCGGCUCAGGAGAAAUGGGGGCUGGAGAUGGACUUGCCAUGACAGGUGCAGUUCAGGAGCAGAUGAGAUCCAAGGGAAACCGAGACAGACCAUGGAGCAAUUCUAGGGCCUUGUAGCUCCCAUGGGACUGGUUCUACAGUCUUGAAGUUCCCGUUCUAUGUCCAGCCCAGAAGAAAUGCCACCCUUACCAGAUCCCUUCUACAACCAGUGACCCAAGAGCCCUUCUCCUCCCCUUCGUCGCCCUAACAAGUGCCUCAGGCAUGGGGGCUGGACUCCCUCGACCCCUCUGGCCUCUGCCCCUCCUGGAGAUGGGGUCAAGGCAGCAGGACUGACCAAGUGACUACUGGUGGGCCAGAGGAGCUCAGCUGAAGCCCUGGGCACCCUAGAUCUGAGCUGGGGGUUCUCUGGGAACCUGGAAUGAGUUCCCUGCUCCUGAAUGAAGGUCGGGUGCCACCUGUUUAAACUUCUUGCCUUUACUCUUUAAUGAGGCAGGUAAGUGAGGGGACCGCAGCGGCCUCCCUGCCCUCUCUUCCUUCUGGAAUGAGCAAUGCAGAGGUCAGGGGGCAGGGUUAGCACUGCCCAGUCCAUGCUGGAUUUCAGACCUUAAGCUCACAGCCCUCCAUGUCUCUGCCGGCACCAAGGUCUUGUUCCCGUUAGGCCUCUAAUCUCAUGCUUCAGUAGUAUUAAUAGCGUCCCAGAAAAAUUCUUUUUUUUUAAUUAAUUAAAAGUUUAAUUUAAGAUGAGUUCUUUUAAUUACCCCCAUCCUGAUGCUAUCUCUGUCCUUGUCUCAUCCCUGCUAGGAAUCUUGUUGUUUCCUGUUGAUAAGAGGUGAGGGAUAGAUCUUAAUUUGACCACAUUCCAUUUAAGACUUGGAAGUCCUGGCCUACCCUCUGUCAGCCUCCCUGCUGGCCAGGUGAAAGGAAGAGGAGGGUUCAGAUAAAAAGCCAGGAUGUAGGGAAAUUAACCGUAUCUAGGGGUGGACUUCCUGUUGGGAGCAGACAGUGGUGAGGUACAUAGGUUGAAGGCUCCCUUCGCACAGGUCUUAAGAUCCCUUCUGGAAGUCAAGCUUUUCAACUCACACAGCUGAAAACAGUUUGCACAGUUUGGGAUGCACAAUUCUUCGUGAUGGAGGGCUCUUCUGCACACUAUGAACACAGUAGCUCGGGCUCACCUUAGUGAGCAGCCAAAAUGCUCCCAGAAAUUGCCAAAUGACUCCUAGGGACCAAAUUACCCACAGCUGAGAGCCACAGCUUGAGAGUGAAGACACGUUUUUCUUAGUGAUUCCCACAUGCCCCCACCCCCACCCGCAGUCUGGCUAUUCAUCCUGAGCCAUGGGGAGCUAGCUAGCACCCUCAUAGGGCAGGCUCGCCAGAGCUGGGCAUGUUUCUUUCCAGAUGGAUUGCUUGUGCUUGCAUGGGCUCAAGUCUCUGUGCAAACAGUCUCAGCAAGAGGCCUCCCACAGUACGUGAACAGGGUAUGCUGGGAUGAGAGAUGAGGGGCAGACUGCGGAGAACUGGUUAUGCUGCCCAUGUGCUUAGCUCCUCUGUGUUCAUGAACCCAGCAUAAGACUCAGGGAGUUUGGGAGAUCGGAUGUCACUCUCCACGUGGCCGGCGAUCCUGCUGUAGAUGGGAAGCGCUGUGGGAGCAGUCUUUGGGCCCUUUGUUUUCUCAGGUCUUUUUGUUCUGGCCCUUUCUUUGCAGGCUGAUUAGAAAGGCAGAACAAGACAGAUGAGCUCCUGCCCAUGCCAGAAAAGAGGGCUGGGGUCUCAUUAGCUCUGUAAUAGGAAGCUUGUUGUGUGGUAAUGGGUCAGGGCUGUGCAAACCGGGCCACUCCUGCUGACGCCUUCCAGUUACUCCUCGCCUAGUGCCUGAGAUUUCCAUCGUCCCGAGCUCAGUGUGCUCCUUGUACUUUUUCAGGCUCUUGCAUUGGUUGUGGGCAUCCAUUCCCAGAUUGCUUACUUGCAGCUCCAGUCAGGCAGGCCUGCUUCCCUGAAGGGAGCUUUCCUGGUUGUCAUUAGCUGGAGGCUACAUCCACACUUGCAGGCACUGUGGACUAUACCCACUGGGCAGCGCACUCCCAGGAAGGCCCUGAACAUCAAGUCACAAUGGUGUGGGUGAGCCCUGAGCUCCAGUCUUCGUCAACUAUUUGGGCACAGUCUUGUCUUUGAUGCUCUCCUACCUUGAGCUACCUUCUCUAAUGUAUAUGCCACCACCACUUAACAAGGUGAUUGGAGUGGGUUGAGAGUCAUAAUUUAUAUUAUAAACUUGAUGGACUUUUAAGAUACAUUUUUCCAAUAAAAGAAUUAAGGAAAAUA